AUGAACGAGCUCAACCCAAGCAUUUACACGGUCGUGUGGAUAGCGCCGCUCGAAAUCGAGGCACAAGCUGCCCUCCAUAUGUUGGACAAUCAUCACCGAGGGCGAUUCUCGUUGGAUAAGGGUGACGACUAUGUGUUCCGCGCCGGUGAUAUUGGUGGGCAUAACAUCAUCAUCGCUACUCUACCGGCGGGCCAAGAGUAUGGCACCGGGUCUGCAGCUGCGCUUGCCAGCCAAGUCAAGAAAUUCUUUCCAAAUCUCUGGUUCGGAUUACUGGUUGGUGUUGCUGCUGGUCUCCCAAGCCUUUCACGACAUCCGCCGCGUGAUAUCCGACUUGGUGAUGUUCUCGUAGGUCUUCCAGAGGGUAACAGCGCUGGCCUCAUAGCCUACGACUUGGGCAAAGAAACGGGAGCUAGUGGUUUCCAACUUUUACGUGAUGGACACGUCCUGGCAAAUACCGAAACUGUUGUCCGAUCGGCGAUCCAGAAUAUUAAACUGAUGGCGCCUAGGGAUGUUGACACAUUUCAGUCAUAUUACGAAGCCAUCCGGCAUAAGCAGCAUUCCAAUGGUGAUUUUAAUGAUCCAGGACAGGAUCAUGACCACCUAUACCAAAUAGACGAUAAAGGACUUAGUCAUAUCGUCCAACGAGAACGGCGACCUGGUUCAGAGCGAACCCGAGUGUGGUAUGGACCGAUCGGAUCUGGGGAGAAGCUUAUGAAGAAUGCCCAGAGGCGCAAUGAAUUGAGAGACAAGUAUGGCAUCAUCGGACUCGAAAUGGAAGCCGCUGGAACAAUGAAUCGUAUACCUGUUGGUGUGAUUCGAGGGGUUUGCGAUUAUGGGGAUGAACACAAGAACAAAGAGUGGCAACCAUAUGCAGCGGCAAUGGCAGCCGCCUAUGCCAAAGCAAUUUUAUAUGAGAUUAGACCCAAAACCUCCGCCCCAGCAUAUGUAAACCGUGUCCAGGAAUGCCUGCUGACCGAUUCAAAUACCUUCCUAGAAACCGAUGCCCAAGGAAUCCAGUCAAGAUUACCCGUUCGCACAGCCUUCCUUGGGAGAGAAGAAGAAUUGUCUCAGAUGCAACGGUGCUUUGACUCCGGCUUGUGCAGAAGUUCUUUGGUACUCUGGGGUCUUAGCGGGUCUGGGAAAACACAGCUCGCCGUCCACUAUGUCACUACCAACAAACAGUCUUACCAGUCUGUGUUGUGGAUUGACGGAUCCUCUUCCGCGUUAAUUCAUCAAUCUUUCGAGAAUCUUUCACAUCAUAUUUCAGGUUACAACCAAGAGAGACCAGCCAUCGAGCAAGUCAUCGAGUGGCUGGAGAGAGGAACGAACCGUUCUUGGAUGAUGGUUUUCGACGGUGUCCCAGGAGCUUACGAUGUCAAUGAUUCUGAGAACUUUGAUAUCCGAAAAUACCUACCUGCCUGUGAUCAUGGUCACAUUUUGCUGGUGACAACAGCGUCGGAUCUCCACCUGCGUUUAGCCCUCCCCGAGAUCCAUUUGGAAGGCGUCAAUGACACUACGGGCUCGAAUAUCUUGCUAAGAUGCGCGGGAAUCCAAGAACCCGAAGAUUCUGGGAAAGCGACAGCGCAGUCAAUUUCCCGCAAGUUAGGAGGCCUACCACUUGCCCUUGAACAAGCUGGCACUUUGUUGUCCUACGGCAUUAUCCGGAUGGAUGACUUCAACAAGCAGUUUCAACAGCGCUUUUCUAAUAAGGCCCUCAAAACUCCCAUGAAAAAGUAUGUAGGGUCUUAUGAGAAAGGCCGCACUCUGUGGACGGUUUUUGAAAUGUCAUAUGAUGGUCUCAUCCAGAGAAGUCCUGAUGCACUCAAGCUUCUUCACCUCGCGAUAUUUCUCAGUCCAGGGUCCAUUCCAUCUAUUUUUGGGAACAGGCCCGAACCGGGGGUAUCUUCUGACUCCGCUUUCGACAUACCUGUCUUUGGAACAAGUCUAGCUGAGACACAGUCAUUCGGCCUUCUUUGCUGGUUGAAAAACUUACGCUGGAAGGUCGAAAGAUUUGGAGCUGCCGUUAAUGAGCUCGAAUCGUCUGGAUUUGUCAAACUUUGUCGCAAUCAAAGCGAUGCUUCCAUCGAGAGUCUUGCGGUGCAUGCCCUGAUUCGUGCUUUUGUUUGCUCAAAGGCAUCAGAAGAGGACAUCCACGAGAGCUUAGUGACUGCUUUUCUGCUUGGUGGGAGAACACUUCAUUAUGGAACCAAAGGUUUCCAAUUGACAGGGCUAUGGAAACAUACCGGUGAACUCAGCCGACUCCUCGUGGUGUUUCUUUCCUUAGUUCCGACAUCAUUCUUUCAAGACCCAGAUGGUAAAUACUUUGUAUUAUGUGGAGCUGUGGCGCCUGUAUACGCCUAUACUUGCCGUUUUCUCGGCGAUUUGGAGGGAUCCAAACGUUUUUGGGAUAUUGCUAUCAAGUACAGACUCAUUGCCGACACGAACUGGCCGGAUACCGAGUUGCACAUGAAUGAGAUCUUCGAAGCGGCAAGCAUUGAUGUGAAAGUUGGAAGGUUCGAUAUAGGGAUAGAGCGAUAUGAGUUGUUACUUGCUCAUUGUGAUCGUAUCUUCCCAGACAAUGAUGAAAGAGCCGUCCAAUCCGCUGCUGCGCUCCGCGAAGCUCGAGAGAUUACUCAAAAGCAUGAGCAGAACUUUGGCCGAGCCAUCGUGGCACAGAGAGUCGCGAAACAAAGACCUGGUAAUCCGACAUCGGGUGAGGCGACGUCACCUCUUCAUAAAGCCACAGAAAGUGGAGAUAUAGAGGAAGUGAAGUUGCUGCUCGAAAAUGGAGCUGACAUUGUCGCCCCAGAUGAUCAAGGAUGGACGCCAUUGCAUAUAGCCUCACGGUUUGGCCACACUAAUAUUGUGUGUCUUCUUCUACAAAGAAAGGCAGAGAUAAAUCCUACAGAUAAUCGUGACCGCACACCAUUACAUCUAGCCUCUGAGAACGGAUGCUCAGAAGAGGCAAGAUUAUUACUGGAACAUGGCGCCGAAAUCGGGCAUCAAGACAUUAGAGGCGAAACGGCUUUGAUAUGCGCAGCCCAAAGAGGUCAUGAGCUGAAUGUACGAUACUUGCUGCAACAUGAACCCAGCCUGGAUAUACAAGACAUCGCCGGCGGCACAGCCUUAUUUUGGGCAUCAUCCCGUGGUUAUGAGAAGGUUGUAGAAGCUUUGCUGAAGCAUGCUCCUAAACUGGAUCUACAAAACUACAAUGGAUGGACGGCUCUGACUCGGGCAGUCGCGGCGAAAGCUGAGAAAAUAUCUUGCUUGUUAAUAAAGCAUGCUCAUUAUGGCCUGAAUGACAUCAUCCUCAUGUUACUCGAAAAUGGUGCCAAUCCAAAUCUUCAAAAUGGCAUAGGCCGAACGCCUUUGAUAAGUGCGGCUACGGCGGGCCAUGAUGCAACGGUCGCUUUGCUGCUGAAAUACAACGCUCGGCUUGAUACAGAAGAUCAUGAAGGGCUCACAGCCGCGGCUUGGGCAGCUCGCAGGGGUCAUCGAAAUACAUUGCGCCUUUUGUCGGAAGAAGACGCUGCUCUCUUGGACCUUCAGGAACGCAUCGAAAACCUUGCUGUGAGUGCGGCAAUUCGCAGGCGGAAAUCUCUUGAGUCUCAUCAACUGCAAGAGUAUAGCGAGCAUAAAAGAGAGCCCAAAGAGACGAGCAGCGUGUUGAAAGGUCUAAGAGAGCAGCGGAGACAGACUACAAGGACGAUGAGCGAAGCUUGGAAGCGUUUGAUGAAGCGGUCAAGGAAAGGGAAGGGUAGAAUGGAGAGCGAUAAUGAAUAUGAUACUUCUCAGACUGAUGACGAUGGUGACAGUAUUCUUGAGUCAUUUGCGCGAACUAGCUAG